UUUGUUUUGUUGUGUGCUAUGAAUUGAAUUCGAGGUUAUGUUAUUAGAAAUUUAUUUUAAUUUCUUGAAUUUAAGUGAAUAUUGUUCUAUGCACCCAUUAAUACAAAUUCAUAUAUAGUAACGAGCAGCAUUUUAUAGUAUUUGAAUAACUGGUUCUAAAACUAUUUAAUAAUAUGAAGAAAGAAGAGGUUCAAAAUAUCUUUCUCAAUAUUUUAAGAGAAGAAGAAGAUGUAUCUGCAGGAGUUGCUGCUAUCAAAACCCUUUUAACUGUGAUAGAAACCUAUAAAGUGGGAACAGUAAGAGAACUAGAUCUGAAUCUCCAGCUGGCGGUGGAGGCCAUGAGGAACUGUGACCAGCCAGUCACAGCCAUCUCAUCAGGCUGUGAACUCUUCAUGAGGUUUAUCACAUUUGCCAAACUAGAUGUCAAAUCCUUUGAGGAAUGUGAACAAAUUAUGCUGCAGCGUGGCCGAAUAUUCCUGGACAAACUCUUGGAAGCCAGAGGAAAAGUUGCCAAACAGGCAUUAUCUUUCAUCAGUGAUGGCUGUAAAAUCCUCACCCACUCCCACUCCAGAGUAGUGUUACAAGCGAUGUUGGAGGCCGCCGCAGCUAACAAAAGGUUCCAGGUUUAUGUCACAAUGUCAUGUCCAGAUGACAGUGGCACCCUAAUGCACAAGAAGCUGGUGGCAGCGGGAGUGGAUGCCAUCUUGAUCCUGGACUCGGCGGUGGGCUACAUCCUGGAGGAGGUGGACAUCGUGAUGGUGGGCGCCGAGGGCGUCACCGAGAGCGGCGGCAUCAUCAACAAGAUCGGCACCUACGGGCUAGCAAUGGCUGCAUUAGAGCUGAAAAAACCAGUGUAUGUACUGACAGAAAGCUUCAAGUUUUCUCGGAUAUACCCUCUGAACCAGCAGGACAUUCCCAUCGAGUUCAAAUACCUCUCCAGUGUGAUCAAAUCUGGCAAGGACCUGAACUCACAACACCCGCUAGUUGACUACACGCCUCCAGCCUAUAUCACCUUGUUGUUCACCGACUUAGGAAUAUUGACUCCAUCUGCGGUCAGUGAUGAGUUGAUUAAUCUGUAUUUAUAGUUGUUUAAUAAAAUUUAUAUAAUUUA